AUGCCCUGCGGGGUGUUCUGGACUGGGGCGGCGGCGAACGCCGUGGUUGUGGAGGCCGACGCGUUCAAGGAGUCGGACGUGAUCUACCAAGCCAUCAGCUCGCGGGGCCACCACACCGACAUGCUGCAGACUGCCGAGCUGGUGCACCAGUCGUCGACGGACGCGGCGGCGUCGCUGCUGGUGACGGCGCUGAACGAGGGGCGGGACGUGAUCAUGGACGACACCCUGUCGUGGGAGCCGUUCGUGCGGCAGACCAUCGCCAUGGCGCGGUCCGUGCACCGGCAGCGGUACCGGAUGGAGGUCGGCUACAAGGUCGCGGCCGACGGGACGACCACGGAGAAGUACUGGGAGCCCGUGGAGGAGGAGGCGGACGGCGAGCAGCAGGGACAGGGACGGCCCGCCAGCAGGACGAGGAAGCCGUCCCGCAUCGAGCUCGUCGGGAUCAUCUGCGGCGCCUACCUCGCCGUCGUCAGGGGCAUGAGGCGGGCUAUCAUAUCUGGGAGAGCCGUGCGGGUGCACUCGCAGCUCAAGUCGCACAAGCGCUUCGCCGGCAAGUUCCGCAAGUACUGCGACCUCGUCGACAACGCCAGGCUCUACAGCACCAAUACCAUCGCCGGCGCAAAGCUGAUCGGGUGGAAGGACAAGGACAGCCGGCUCCUGGUGGACGUGGAGGAGAUCGGGCUGCUGGACCGGGUGAGCCGGACCUUUUGA